UUUGUUGAAUCAUUCCAAUUUCCGAAACUACACUAGUUGCAUUUUUUUUCCCUUUAAAAAGUUUAAACUACACAAAUCAAAUAUAAAAUACUUUUUGUAAUUUAAUCAAACGCAACCAUUAACUUGUCUUCAAAGACCAUUCACUAGAAGAAAGUUGCAUUCCAAUUUCAAUUUCAACCUCAAUUUCAAUUAGUGUAAAAACUGCCAAGUGUAGCUUUGAUCACUCCCAAAAUCAGAAAAAGUUCUAAUCUCUAAGCUUUGAUUCAAAUACACUACAAUUUCCUAAAAUUUUGUUUCAUUGUAACGGAUAGAUAAAUAACACCAACCAUACAUAUUAUAUCAUAUCAUAUCAAUUUCCAAAUUAUCAAUACCCAAAAACACCAUGGAAAUCACUCAAAUACUCCUUUCUAUCACCCUAUGUUUUAUCACUUUACUCUAUAUAAUCCAUAUUUUCUUCUUCAAAACCAAAACAACUGUUUUCAGCUUCAAAAAAUACCCAAUAUUGGGCACAAUACCAGAUUUCCUAUCCAACCGCCACCGUUUUCUAGAGUGGACUACACAUAUUUUGUCAUCUAUUCCUUCCCACACCGCUGUGUUCUACCGCCCCGUUGGCGGAACUCAUGGUGUGAUCACCGCGAACCCCGCCAACGUCGAGCACAUCCUCAAAACCCGCUUUGAGAACUACCCGAAAGGUCCCCGCUUUCUCUCCGUCCUCCACGAUUUUCUGGGGACAGGCAUUUUUAAUGCCGAUGGCCCCUUGUGGAGGUUGCAGCGCAAAACUGCGAGUUUUGCGUUCAGCAUGCGCACCCUGAGAAACUUCCUAUUAAAUGCGGUUCAGACUGAGAUAAUAUCUCGGCUGAACCCAAUAUUAGAAGAGGCUUGUGGUUUGAACCGGGUUUUGGACUUGCAAGAUGUUUUAGAAAGGUUUGCUUUUGAUAAUGUUUGUAAGUUAGCUUUUAAUGUUGACCCGGGUUGUUUGAACCGGUCCGGUUCAAGUGAGUCUGAGUUUAUGCGGGCUUUUAAUGAGGCUACGGAGCUUAGUUCGGGACGUUUUUUGUAUGGGCUUCCUAUGUUGUGGAAAAUAAAGAAACUUUUCAAAUAUGGGUCAGAGAAAAAGUUGAAGAAAUCAAUCAAGAACGUUCACGAGUUUGCUGAACAAAUCAUACGGUUAAGAAUAGAGGAAAAGAAGACUAAAAAAAAUGAUUAUGAAGAUUUAUUGUCUCGAUUUCUUGAUUGUAUAGAGGAAGAGGAUAUUAAUAGGUCAAGCUUGAGUUCAACUAAAUUCUUAAGGGAUGUUGUUAUAAGUGUUAUUUUAGCUGGAAAAGAUACUACGUCCACAGGUUUGAGUUGGUUAUUUUGGUUAUUGUCGCUAAAUCCGAAUGUUGUUGAGAAAAUUCGAGUUGAAAUUGAUAUGAUCCGUGUUCGAAGCAAGAAAAUGGUAGGAUUAACAUAUGACUAUGAGGAGUUGCAAGAGAUGCAUUAUUUACAUGCAGUGAUCUCUGAAUCGUUACGAUUAUAUCCACCAGUACCUGUAGAUACAAAGGCGUGUUUGAAAGAUGAUAUUUUACCGGAUGGGACGAGAGUUAAGAAUGGUUGGUUUGUUAUGUACCAUAUAUAUGCAAUGGGGCGGAUGGAGGAUAUUUGGGGGGAAGAUUGCUAUGAAUUUAAGCCUGAGAGGUGGUUGGAAAACAAGGUUUAUAAACCUAAUAGUCCAUUUAGGUACCCAAUUUUUCAUGCUGGGCCAAGGGUUUGUUUGGGUAAGGAAAUGGCUUAUAUCCAAAUGAAAUCUAUAGUGGCUAGUAUGGUAGAACAAUAUGAUGUGGAUGUGUUAGAAAAAGAGAAGCGUCCUGAUUAUUUGUUGUCAUUAACACUAAGGAUGAAGAAUGGUUUGUCAGUGAGAUUAAAGAAGAGAAUAGUCCACCAUAUGAAUGCUUAAAGAUGUAACUUACUAGUGAAUUCUCUUUGUACCUCAUUCCUGAAUUUAGUUGUAUAUAUACUUGAUUUAGACCUGUA